AUGACGACGACGACGACGACUCCCUCGUCCAAACAAUGCUACGCAACCCCCUCUCCAUUCGAGGAAAAGAUUGGCUACUACCGAGCCGUCCGACAUGGCCUCCAAAUCUUCGUAUCGGGGACCACCGCCGUCGACCCCACGUCCAGCCACGCAGCCCCGCAGGUACUUUACCCAGGUGAUGCAGGCCAGCAAGCUCGCGUGGCACUCGACGAGUGCAUCCGAGCCGUGCAAGCACUAGGCGGACAGGGAGCGGAGAGCGUGGUGCGGGUGAGGAUGUUUGUCAGUCACCCUGACGACUGCAUGGCGGUCGGGGAAGCCUUCUCGGAACUGCUGGGCCGUGCCAGCCGGCCAGGGAUAGGCGCGGCUGCCACGAUGUUGGUGGUGCGGGACGGAUUCGUGGACGACCAACCAGUGGUCAAUGACGACGAUCCUCCGGAGGACAGUCUCUCGACAGCUGCACCAGGCGAGGGCGAAGGCGAAAGAAAUGAGUCAGUACUGGUCUACGACAUGCAUGCAUCGCGCCCGAAUAGGAGGCCGGUUGGUUAG